CCACGGGUUCGUAUAUCUAUGCCCCUGAAUAUUAGUAUCCUGACGAUACGUUUCAACGAUCAGUCUAAUAGCAGCCGUUGAGGAGAAACAAAGCUAGCCUUGUUCGGGCUAGAGGGCAUCCGAUAACAUCCACCCUUGGACGUACGCAAACUUCCGGAGACAUUGACGGCUCUCGCAGGACCACGACACGCGUCGCCGGUCACUUUUCCUAAUAGAAAUCGAAGGCAACGGUACAUUAACAUGCUCGCGGUGUUCCUGUUACUAAUACCGACGCUUUGGGGCGAUGGAGGCCAGGCCAGCGUCUUUGUGGCCGACACCACCAUGUCCAGAAUGGUGGAAAUAAAACCGGAGCCGCCUUAUUGCGCUCUGUACAGCGAUCGUGGCGUCAUACAAAGUCUGGUCCUCGGCGCCAAUCCGAAGAAAGUCCGGCAAAUGCCUAAUAAUCUCGUCGCGGACCUCGAGGAAACGUGCAGAGCCUCUCGUGCUAAGGGAAAGAACCAGCCUCAAGGCGGUGGCUUGAUGUACCCCGGUACAAAAUGGUGCGGACCCGGUACAGUGGCGGCGUCGUACGACGACCUAGGUCGCCACCGGUUGGAGGACGCCUGUUGCAGGGAGCACGAUCAUUGCCCGAUCACUAUAUCGCCGCAGGAGUGCAUACACGGCGUGUGCAACAGAUCGCCGUACACGCGGUCCCAUUGCGACUGCGACGCGAAGUUCCGCAGAUGCCUGCAGAAUCUUAAUUCGGAAGUCGCCAACACCCUCGGUGCCCUAUUCUUCAACGUCGUACAAGUAACUUGCUUCAAGGAGAGACGCCCGUGCUCACAGUGGCAAAGGAACGGUUACGAGGAGGAGGUGGCCAACCGGUUGUGCUCCCAGUACAAAUUCCGUCCCAGCGAGAAAUACGUUCCGAUGAUGCCGUUGAACAUCAACCAGCUAUUGCGAAAACGAAAGAAGAGCGGGCCUGACACCCUUUGAAACGGUGUCGGUAAACAGAGUUCCGAUUAGCGAAACAGCGUCUCUUUCUUUCGGUGACGAUCUGCCUGAGAACUAAAACUUGUAUAAAAAUUAAAUGGUACACACGUUUGACAAAUUACUCGUAAUUGAAUCGUGUGUUGAUUGGUCGAGUAAACUAAAAAUAGAGAUUAUUUCUCCAGUCGGAACGACGAGUUCGAAUUUAAACCUAAAUAUUUAGUAACGAGUACUUGAAUGAUUGACUUUGCGUCCACCGGAAGGAAAGACGCUAGUGACUAUCUGGAAAUAAUUUUUUUACUCGAAUUGAUAAAUACACCUUACAUCAUGGAAAUUUAGACUCCUAAAAUGAAACGUUUACAUUUGCCGCCGUUUCUUGGACCGAGUGAAUGAAACAAUCGCCUGGAUAUUGAGAGAUUUACGCGGAAAGAGCGAUCGGGGUCGAGCAAAACUCCCAACUGCACUCGAGCGCUUUUAUUUCUGCCCUUGGACCAUCCGGUAUACGAAUUUGAGGGCAACAAAAGAAACUAAUGGUCGGAACCGGGGAGCCUGAAACCGAGAAACGGCUAUGUAAAUGUAAUAAAGGCCACAUUUGUGGCGCGUCACCUGUCGUCCUUGCAUUUGCGGUGUAACAAAUGCAUCCGACGAGGCCAACGCGUUGCAUAGGUUCGCGACCCUUUGUUUUCUGGCCCUCGAAAGCUACAAGUAAACUCUGAAAUUUGGGAAAUGCAGCUUCUUCUGCCCUUUGGGUGCCGAACGAAUCGUUUACAAGGUGAUCGACCAGUGCAUGGAUGCGCUGAGCCUUCGAAUCUUAUUGCUAGCGCCAAAGAAGUUAAUGUAUCAUCGAUUUCUAUGAAUUCCACCGAGUGCAAAUCAGUGAAACGAUUUUACAAUUGCAUUCUGCUCAUUAUUACUCUUUAAAAGUAUUAGCAUUAGACGAUUAACCUUCUGAAAUUACGCAAAGUAAACUGUAUUGAUCGGAGGCACAAAUGCUACGAGAAAUUUUUUUAAUAGAAAAAACAAGGGUAGCGUUUAAAAACGAUCCACUUUUCGACUUAUGGAAUUGAAAAUUCGAACGUAAAGCAAUUGUUGAGCAAUUAUUGUUUGAGCGUGGCGAAAGAAGGUUUAAUUGUAACGAGGUUCGCGUUUCUUGCAUAUCAUUCGUUGUCUUUGCUGUCGCGCGAAAGGACAUGCAAUUGCAUAAUGGCGCGCAGCAUGGCCGCGAUCUUACUUAGAUUAAGAUAUUUUAUUAAGUUGGUGCAGAAGCGAUUGGACAUACGCGAGACGAAAAUUCAAAUGAGCUCGAAACUAAUUCGCGAAAUUAAGCAACACCAAAGUUUAUCAACUCGUCAUUGUCGAUAGUAAACAUUUUAUUUUACUUUUGGGAUCACUUUUGCAUCAACUUGAUAAACGAAGUACCAAUGAAUUCCUCAAGGUUAACGAUUUUCUAUUCUCUUUGAUAGCUUUGACCUUUGAAUGGGUAUAUUCAAACAAGUCUUUGAAUUUUAUGCAGAUUAGAUUAGUCCAGUAGUAAUUCAAAUGCUGUUAAAAGUAAUUGGAAGACCAGUUGCCAUUUAUGCAGUCUGUUAUGCUUAUGGAGACGUACAUAUCUUACCACGAAUUAAUUUUCAUUCCUAAUAUUUGGUAUAUUUUUCUGAAUUAUUCGGCAAUUUUGGUCUGAUAAUUAUUUUCAACGGCGUAUGGAUGAUAAUUUGAUAACUAUAAUACGAAGAAUCAAUGGCAACGACCCUGCACAAUCUCUACUGUGAUUUAAACUGCUCAGGCGUGAGCUUGCUUUAGGCAGGCUCACUCGCAGAAGUACAAGCAACCGUCCGUCCAUUAUUUGUGGCCCUCGAGUCCAAAUAAUCGAUGCGACCAGAUAAGAUCGAUCGGGGACGAUACCCAGAUUUGUAAAUAACCUCGAAAAGGUCAGCCGGGAAAGCGUGCAAUCGAUUAGGCGCGUCACACGAAUUUCAGAAAUACCUCGGUGACAUUUUGUUUCCUAACGACCUUUGAUCGGCUUUGAUGAUACGGUGGAAUCUCGUUGGUUCGGUACAAAUUAAACCAUUAGUCGGGAACAACAUUUGAAUUAAUUAAAAAAUGUUUUAGGUUUAUUGGUAAUUGGUAACAUUUAUCAGAACAAUUUAAAAAAAUAAUUUUUAUAGUACAGUAAACCGGGUUAUCGGGAUUAACUGUAUUAACAAAUGUGGAACGGAUGUAUAUUUAUACUAUAAGUAUACGAUUGAUCGUUUAAUUGUUAUAUAUAAUAUUAGAGCAUAUGAUAGUUUAUGAUACCGUAUAUUUCUAAUUACGUUAAAUGAUUUAUACAUAUCUUACCUCAAGUUAGUAUUUGUCAGUUUUAUCCUACAAAUAUAACGAUUAUUGUUAACUCUAAUAAUAGACAAUUAUAUCUCGACGCUGAAGCAUCGCGACGAAUUAAUUAUCAACUUUGCACAAUUUUUAAUAAACAUAUCUACCUUUAACAGCCCGUAACUUGUAUAGUAUCUACCAUAUAAUAUGUAUACGCUUUGUUUAUGCAUCGAUUGAACUAUUGUAAUAUUUUCAUUAACAAAAGAUUCGAAAAGUACUAAGUAUAAAUUGUAUUCGUGAUAUACUGAUUUAAAACGAAGACCAAGUAUUCUGAAAAUAAAUAACUACCUCUUGAUGAA